GCAGCCAUGUUGUGCAGCGGACCGGAACCAUUUGAGCAAUUUUGGUUAAGGACCACCCAAGGAACAAUUCUGUCAAGUUUCAUCAAAUCUGCCUAUCCGUUUCAGAGGAGAUGUCGUUUAAAGAUUUUGCUAUUUUUAGCUGUGGCGGCCAUAUUGUGCAAUGGACCAGAACCAUUUGAGCAAUUUUAAUAAAGGACCACCCAAGGAACAUUACUGUCAAGUUUCAUCAAAAUCUGCCGAACCGUUUCAGAGGAGAUGUCGUUUAAAGAUUUUGCUAUUUUUAGCUCUGGCGGCCAUAUUGUGCAAUGGACCGGAACCAUUUGAGCAAUUUUGGUAAAGGACCACCAAAGGAACAUUCCUGUGAAGUUUUGUCAAAAUCCGCUUAUCAGUUUCAGAGGAGAUGUCGUUUAAAGUAAAAGUUUACGCACGCACGCACGCACGCACGCACGCACGCACGCACGCACGCACUCACGACGGACAAUCUGUGACGACAUAAGCUCCAUGGCCUUCGGCCAGUGGAGCUAAAAAGCAGAAACAAGCAAAAUUGAAAGAAUGUGCAAACUGACAUGAAACAUUCACAUACUGUCAUAUCCCCCAUUAUACUAAGUACAGAAGAAUUGGCAGUGUUUGAUACUUUGGAGGGAUUUAGUGGAUCAGAGUUACACGCUGGGGACUUUGAAUACGACUUUCCUUGCACAGAGUGUCAGAAGCACGGACUGAACUCAGAGGCCGUAUACUUCUGUCAACAAUGUACCCGCCAAUUUUGUGGCCCAUGUUUAAAGCAACAUGACCAGUUUUACCGAGGACACCCUAUUCUUGGACCAAGGAAGAGGGAUCUCUGGGGAAAUGUUACAAGCAUGUGCAAACUGCAUCCAGGGGAGGAGAUGAAGGUUUUUUGUAGAGACCACAGGCAAACUUGUUGUGUCUUAUGUCUGGAGGAGCUACACAGGCAAUGCAAGCAGGUCAAAUUGUUACAACACAUCGCACCCAAACCCACAAAUCAACCAGAGUCGGAAAAUAAUGAAAAGACAACACACAAUGAUGAACUCCCUUUAAAACUAAAGGAGAGAGUGGCAACCACAAAGCAUGAUACAUCGCCAGUGGUAACAGCCAUACACAAUAAUAGGCCAUAUCCAGUAAAAGAAGGGAAUUGCUUUAACGUUAAAUUAGAACAUGAUCGAUAUCCUUGCCGUAUAUAUGGUAUAACAGUGCUGCCAAGUGGAGAGAUCGUUAUAACUGAUCAUUAUAACUGUAAUGUGAAGCUGUUGUCACCUAACUAUGCCGUGAUGGACCAUUUUAGUACUGUUAUACAGAAGCCAUGGGAUAUCUGUGCCGUGUCUGACAACCAGGUGGCUGCCUGCACCGAGGGCCGUGAAAUACUGUUCUUCAAUGUCAAAAAUUCCAAACUCGAGUUGGACAGAAAAAUGCCUCUGGACGUCUGCUGCUACUGCAUCUACAGCGUUUCAUACAUGGCAGGGCACCUGUACCUAUCAUCUGGUCAUACCCUGUACCAGUACACAUUGGCCGGGCAGAAGGUUAGAGAGAUCAACCUAUCAAAUGGGUUGUUUGCUUUUAGGCUGGCAGUCAACCCAGAUGCGGACAGACUCUACAUUGUUGAAACUACUGAUCACCAGCUUGUGACAUUGAACAUGAAGGGCCGAGUGCUGGCAAGACUCAAAAACGGGGACCAGAAAGGCGCCACAGAUGUAUGUGUGUCCCCUGGUGGAGAGGUCUUCGUGUGUGGGUUUGGGACCCACACCAUAUUACAGGUGGCCAGUAAGGGCAAACGUAAACUGGCCACACUGGCCAUCGACGAGGAUGGUGAAGCCACGCCAACAACAUUGACCUUUGCAUUUGACACUCUGGCAGCCAUGGUGUGCAGUGGACUGGAACCAUUUAACAAAUUUUGGUUAAUGACCACCCAAGGAACAUUUCUGUCAAGUUUCAUCAAAAUCUGAUCAUCGGUUUCUGAGGAGAAGUGGUGUAAAGGUUUUUCCUAUUUUUAGCUCUGGCUGCCAUGUUGUGCAGCGGAACGGAACCAUUUGGGCCAUUUUGUCAAAGAUUUUGUUGAGAUGACCCUUGUUAUUAAGUCUCAUAAAGAUUAUGUC